GGUGCCUUGCCAGGCCAGAGGCAUCCUCGUAUUCUCGGUGCCGCCUCCGAGUCUUUCGAGGCUGAGCGCGCGAGAACCCCACGCGUUCGGGCUGGUGCUGCUACAGCCUGCUGCCCCGCUUUCCAUCCAAGAUAUCCGACUCUAAUGUCAACAGCUACAACAAAUGCAGCAGGAGGAAGUGUAGAAGGGAUGUCUGAAGUGGAUGGUAUCAUUGAAAAACUCCUUACCGUCCGUGGGGCCAGGCCCGGGAAACCCGUGCAGCUCCUGGAGUCGGAGAUCCGCAUGUUGUGUAAUAAAUCGAAGGACGUGUUUAUGGAGCAAUCGAUGCUUUUGGAGCUAGAGGCACCCAUUAAGAUUUGCGGCGAUAUUCACGGGCAGUACUAUGAUUUGUUGCGGCUGUUCGAGUAUGGCGGAUUUCCUCCCAAUGCCAACUACUUGUUCCUAGGUGACUAUGUGGACCGUGGGAAGCAGUCUUUGGAAACAAUCUGUCUUCUCCUCGCCUACAAAAUCAAGUAUCCGGAGAACUUCUUCAUUCUCCGCGGAAACCACGAGUGCGCCUCUAUCAACCGGAUCUACGGCUUCUACGACGAAUGCAAACGCCGAUACAACAUCAAGCUAUGGAAGACAUUCACGGACUGCUUCAACUGCCUCCCCAUCGCCGCCGUCAUCGAUGAGAAGAUCUUUUGCAUGCACGGGGGCCUCUCCCCGGAGCUUACCUCGUUGGAGGAGAUUAAGGAUAUAAUGCGGCCCACGGACGUGCCAGACACGGGGCUGCUCUGCGACUUGCUGUGGGCGGACCCCGACAAAGACAUCAUGGGUUGGGGAGACAAUGACCGUGGCGUCUCGUACACGUUCGGGGAGGACGUGGCGGCCAGCUUCUUGAAGCAGCACGACCUUGACCUCAUCUGCCGAGCGCAUCAGGUGGUGGAGGACGGCUACGAGUUCUUCGCGAGGAGGCAGCUCGUCACCAUCUUCUCGGCGCCCAACUAUUGUGGAGAAUUCGACAAUGCCGGCGCUAUGAUGAGCGUGGAUGAGACGCUGAUGUGCUCCUUCCAGAUCCUCAAGCCGGCAGAGAAGAAACAGCGGUAUGCGUACGCAGGACUGACAGGGGCCGGCAUUGGUUUAGGGGCAGGCGGGGGAGGAGGGAGGCCAGCAACACCGCCUAAGGCGCCAGGGCUGAUGGGCAAUGGGAAGAAGUAACGGAGCAGGGGUAGGGGGGUUAAAGUGUCGGGGCAGGGCUCAAUCAAAAAAGAUAAGGUACAGAGGUCGCGCGACGUCACGCGAGAGAAGGAUGGAAUGGCCAACGAAUGACAUUCAGAGCCGUUGACGGCAGACAUUGCGAUAUCAGCAGGAAACGCAAGGCUUCAAAGUACACACACGUCCAAGGGCCUGUCCGUAGGAGUGGCGAAAGGAGGAUAGGUUGAUGAGCAUCGGAACCAGCAGAGAUGGGGUCAGGACAAUCACCACAUCCAGCGCAUCAGCGGUGGUAUUAUACGACCAGCCACCCGUCCGUUAUGGGCACCUUGAAGCAAUGCGGCUGCAGAGGGAGAGCAAGAGGGGACCCUACCGAGCAGAGGGGCUGGCGGGGCACCCGUCAGAAUGUUGAAUUGGGUGGUCAAGGGGGGAAUCAGGGCUGGCUUGAGGGAGGAAAAAUUGGAGCAGGAGAGGGAGGAGGGGAAGGAUGGAGGGCACUGGAGGGAUGAAGAAGGACGGACGUGGAAGGGGAGGCAUUAGCGGCUGCUGGAGCCGCAUCGGGAGAGGCAGCAGGGGGCAGUUUUUCGUUACCCAUCGAGCUGCACCAUGAGCAGAGCGUGCCCGUGGCGGAAAGAUUGAUACAAAGGUUCCGAGUGAAAACGAUCAGACCUGCUCACGGGAUCGCCACUAUCAGUGUAUAAGAGCGGGCACGGACAGAAAAUGUUAACGCAGACAAAAAUUAGGGCCACCCACCCGGCUUUCUU